AUGCCAGGCCAUAAACCCAUGAAGGACCGUCUGAACCUUGCAUUGUGUGCAAAUGCUAGUGGUGACUGUAAAGUAAAGCCACUGCUAGUCUACCAUUCUGAAAAUCCUCGAGCGUUCAAGUCACACAAAAUUCUGAAAGAAAAACUGCACGUAAUGUGGCGCGCGAAUGCAAGGGCAUGGGUUACGCGGCAGUUCUUUACAGAUUGGGUAAACCUCGUCUUCGGUCCUUCAGUGAAGGAAUAUCUUCAAAAGAAUAACCUCCCACUGAAAGCCUUAUUAAUUUUGGAUAAUGCUCCGGCCCACCCACCUGGUCUUCAAGAUGACAUUCUCGAGGAGUUCCAGUUUGUGAAAGUCCUCUACCUCCCACCCAACACGACUUCCAUCCUGCAACCAAUGGAUCAGCAGGUCAUUGCAAAUUUUAAAAAGCUUUUCACAAAGCACUUGUUCCGCCGAUGCUUUGAGGUGGCAGAGAACACCAAGCUUACCCUUCGAGAGUUUUGGAAAGGGCAUUACAAUAUCGUCGCAUGUUUACGUAUCAUUGACUCUGCAUGGCAAGAGGUAACGAGACGAACCUUGAACUCGGCGUGGAAAAAGCUAUGGCCUGAUGCUGUUUCAGAGAGGGACUUCGAAGGGUUCGUACCCCAAGCAACGGUAGAGGAGAUUGUGUCCCUCGGAAAGUCGAUGGGUCUGGAGGUAGAUGAGGGCGACGUCAACGAACUCGUCGAGGAACAGUAG